AUGGAACCAGGCAAUAGUACACAAAUUUCAGAAUUUCUUCUUCUGGGACUUUCACAGGCACUGGAACUACAACCCCUCAUAUUUGGACUUUUCUUCUCCAUGUACCUGAUCACUGUGUUUGGAAACCUGCUCAUCAUCCUGGCCGUCUGCUCAGACUCCCACCUCCACACACCCAUGUACUUCUUCCUCUCCAACCUGUCCUUUGUAGACAUCUGUUUCACCUCCACCACCGUCCCAAAGAUGCUGGUAAACAUUCAGACACAGAGCAAAACCAUAACCUUUGAAGGUUGUAUCACCCAAAUGUAUUUUUAUAUACUCUUUGCAGUAUUGGACAACUUUGUCCUGACUGUAAUGGCCUAUGACCGCUUUGUGGCCAUCCACCCCCUGCACUACAUGGUCAUCAUGAAUCCCUGGCUCUGUGGACUGCUGGUUCUGGUGUCCUGGAUCAUGAGUGCCUUGAAUUCCUUGUUAGAAAGCUUAAUGGUAUUGGGUCUGCCCUUUUGCUCACACUUGGAAGUUCCCCAGUUUUUCUGUGAACUCAAUCAGAUGAUCCAACUUGCCUGUUCUGACACUUUUCUUAACAACAUAAUAAUGUAUUUUUCAGCUGGGCUGCUGGGCGGUGGUCCCCUUGCUGGGAUCCUUUACUCUUACUCUAAGAUAAUUUCCUCCAUAUGUGGAAUCCCAUCAGCUCAAGGGAAAUAUAAAGCAUUUUCUACUUGUGCAUCUCACCUCUCAGUGGUCUUAUUAUUCUAUGGUACAAGCCUAGGAGUUUACCUCAGCUCUGCUGCUACCCACAAUGCACACUCAAGUGCAACAGCCUCAGUGAUGUACACUGUGGUCACACCCAUGCUGAACCCCUUCAUCUACAGUCUGAAGAACAAGGAUAUAAAGAGGGCCCUGGAAAGAUUUUUGGUCAGGUAA